AAGGCACUUAUCCAAUUGUCUUUUGAAAAAGCACCUUUGGGAGUCCUUCCCUGAGUGGCCCUGCAGAUAAUACAGAUAACAGGACGAGCAGACAGCUGUGAAGGAACCCCCAAAGCAUGUACUGGUUGCAUGUUUCUCUCGUAAUAAAUGUCGCCGUCCGGCUUCCCUGCGCUCUUUCCUUUCCCCCCAUUGGAAGCCUCAUCCAUCUCCUCUCCCUCCCCUUCUUCCACCUGUUCCAGGAGAACAUCCACAUUUCGAAGAGGAUUUGCGGGAGAAAGAAAUCCCAGGUGUCCAGAAACAACAAUCCAACCAGGUUUUAUCCAAAGGCGCUUUGCUCAUUUCAGCCCCAGCUCAAUCCUCCCCGCACCCAUCAGUCUCGGUCCCUGUAGCCCGUCUCAAGGCUCGCAUCCCCCGCCGCUCUCCCCCAAACGCCCCGCCACCAGCCGAACUCCCAGGGCGUCUUUUAAGCGUCGCUUUGGAACAGGGCAUGCGCAGAAGAGCUUUGUCAGCCCUGGAUGCCGGGAGAGGACAGGAGAGGCGGUAGUUGCCUUGCGAGACGCUCUAGCCAGGAGCAGUGAACGGGAGUGGGGUGGGGGCGCUUGUAAGGGUUUGCCUCUCUAGGAAGCAGCACUCGCUGGCUGGCAGAGUCAGGGAGAUCGGGAGGGCGCGUGAAGUUUUGGCGGCAGCGACUUAACGGCUGCUUUUCUCCGCCUCAGGAGCCCUGAGGGAGCGGAGCCCCCCAUUCUCCCCCCGCCCCCCCCGUGACCGAAGGCGGCCUCUGAGGGAAUUUCCUCCCGUUGGGGCUGCGCGGAAGCCGGAGACCGAAUGGAGGCCCAGGGGUCUCCCCUUCAGGCGGGGAGCGGCCUCCCCGAGGAGCCCCGGCGGUUCCGCAGCUGCCGCUCCCUGGAAGCCGAGGGGCCCCGGGCGCUUUGCAGCCGCCUGCACGGGCUGUGCCGGGGGUGGCUGCGGCCCGAGCGGCGCAGCAAAGCCGAGAUGCUGGACCUGGUGGUGCUGGAGCAGCUGCUGGCCCUGCUGCCCCCGGAGCUGUCGGGCUGGCUGAGGGAGUGCGGGGCGGAGAGCUGCGCCCAGGCGGUGGCCCUGGCCGAAGGCUGCCUCCUCGGCCCGCCAGCCGCCCCGGAGCCCGGAAAGGGGCGGCAGUUGCAGGAGCCAUAUAUGGGGGAAAUCUUAGCAGAGCACCAGGGAAGAGAUCAAUCAAGUCAUUCAGUAGAGCUUUUUUUCAGGAGGAUCCAACUGGGGACAGCUUGCCAGGUAAGUGUGGGUUUCUUGUGAAAAGUUCAAACUCCUUUAGUUCAUGAGCCACUUUGAAAACUAAAACGCUGAGUCUGUGUGCAUUUGAACUUGGUGUCCCCAAAGAAUGACCCAGUGAGUCUCAUUUAACUUUCAAGAUUGUUCUGGGGAUGAAAAUGAAGGAUAAUUCUCAAGAGUCAUGUAUUAGGAAGUGCUAUUUAUAUAUUGAAAGACUUUAAUCUUUCUUAACAUUUUUUCUAAAGACUUUGGGAAAGCAAUUAAAAAGUAGAAGCCAUGAAGCGAAACAAUAUAAAUUCCACAAAUAGGCCAAUAUAUCCACUUAAGAAUAAAUUAUGGGAAGGACAAAUUUCUCAC